AUGACUGCUCUGGUUCGACCUGGAGUCCAUGUUUCAGAGCUGUGUGAGGAUGGAGACAAGCUCCUUGUGGUUGGAGAGCUGGGGAGAGCUACCGUUCUCUAUUUGUCUGCCUUCAGGACUCACACGGCCUCCACCGUUAUCCACAUGCGGAAAUUGAAGUCAGGUCUGGGUGGUGUGAUCUCAACUUUAGAAGGUUGGCUUGACAGUCAUGAGGAGAACCACCCCGCAGAGGGUCUUAAUAAAGGUCUUGCAGCUGUGUUUCUCUCCACGCUCUGCCCCAACAAUCUGUCAGCCACCAUUUUCAAGAUGGAGUCCCUCCUUCAGAGUGGCGGGCACGGCUGCGAGGAGAUUUUUGCUCGCUGCACUUCUCUGCUUGAGGGGAUGCGAAACCCUCAUCCACCAGAUGUGACUCACGUUGUGUUGGAGAUAACUCGUGCCCUGGCCUGCUUGUUCUCAGAGCCUCACAGCAUCAAAGGGCUGAAGCUUUACCUCAAAGCUUACCAGAGUAACAAAUCUGAAACCAUCACUCUGGUGAACAGCAGACAAGCUCAGCACCGACUCAAAAUAGUGAAGGCCUUUACAGAUCAAUUACUGCUCAUACAUCCCUCAAUAAUAUCUGACAGUGAGUUUGCAGUGACAACACAGGAGAAGGAGAAUCAUGGUCAUAAAACAUCAGAGAGUAGUGCAGACAAGUUAUUCCAAGACACUCCUGAGAGGAGAGCGAGACUCUUGACCAGUCGAGCAGCUGCCUGCGUGUCGGCAGGUGGACGGACUGCUGAGGCUUGCGAGGAUCUGGGGGAGGCAUUUGAGAUGCAUCCGGCCACUGCCCAAACUUAUUUUCAAAAGCUAUUCACAGAUCAUGGCACAGGGGUGGCUGCUCGCAACCAUCUCCGUCAGCAGGCAGAGCGGGGCCUGUCUGGUUACAGAGAAAGGGUACUCAUCCGCACAGACCUGCGAUCCACUGAAGGAGUUGAGCUCCUGGACCCUGUGAUCACUCAGUUACGGACUCUGUGCUAUUUAGAGCCUGAUGGAGGAGGUAGAGAGCUGCGGGUACGACUGGCCGACUGUCUUCUCCUCAGAGGGGAACACAAAGAGGCCCUCUCUAUCUGUAGCCAGCUAGCUGCUGCCCAAGGUCAGCAGAGCUAUCAAAACACGGUGCAGGUUCUUCGUGGAUAUGCACGCCUUCUCUCAGAUGAUGACAAGGGGGCAUUAGAAGACUUCAAGGCUGUGAUUGAACACAAUACCCCCCACCCGUCCAGCUGUGUGCGGGCACUCUGUGGCAGGGGGCUCCUGCGCAUGAUGGGCAGGUUAAACUACCUCACAGCUCUGGACUUUGUGACAGCCAGCAUGCUGCUCCCGCAAGAAACAGCACUGACGGUGCGCUGCUUGGUGCCAUGGAACUACCGGGGGCUGCUGUUUACUGUAUUGCUGGAGCAGGGACGAGUCAUGCUUGAGGGGACGGGUGGACACAAAUCCAAGUCCAGUUCCAGUGAAGACUCCCAACAGCCCCAGCUGAGGGAUCAGCCGCAGGCCCCAGCAAAGAGAGACAAGGACAGAUCAGGCACUGCUGCUGGUGUCCAGUCUCUGGCUGUGCUGCUGAUGGAGCUCCAGCCGGGUACUGAUGGGUCUCAGAUCCUUGCAGCAGAUGCCUUGUACCAGCUUGGCCGGGUGGAGGAAGCGUACCGGCUACUUCUUUCCAUUGGGCCUACCGGUCCUCGGGCACCCAUCCUGGCUCGACUCGCCCUGCUGCAGCUGCACAGAGGCUUUCUUUAUGACACCAAUCAGCUGCUGAAAAAGCUCAUUCAGUGCGGCGAGACCAGCUGCUUGCGCCCCCUGUUGGCCGUGGCUCAACAGAAGGACCGGGUUCUGCUGCAGGGCCACUGCCACUCGGCUGCACAACGAAUCCUGGAGGGCACGCGGGAGGAGAGCGACCUCAGGGAAGCGGUGGCAUAUCUCUCCAUCGCUAUCAUCGCCUCUGGUGGCGAGGCAGCAGAGUCUUUGCUGGAGAGAGCGAGGUGUUAUGCCCUGCUGGGCCAACGAAAGACAGCCAUCUUUGAUUUCAGUGCAAUUCUGAAGGAGGACCCAAAACACAUCCAGGCUCUCUGUGGAAGAAGCUUCACUUAUCUCUUGCUGAACCAACAAAAGGAAUGCACUCAUGAUAUCCUGGCAGCACUUCAGAUAGACAUUGACAUAGUCACCAAAGACAUCCUGUCACUCAAGGACAAAGCACGGACGCUGGUCUGUGAUUGGCUGCAUCAGUUCUGUCGGACCAAUCUGUCGGACGUCGUGCUCACUAAAGCUGUCCCCUGCCAUGAAGAGCAGCUCAAAGAGGCUUUUAUAAUUGGUGGAGCUCUGAUGAGGACUGACUGCAGAGACCCCAGAUGGCAUCUCCUCUAUGUGGACACACUUAUAGCCAAAGGUGAAGUCAAGGCAGCAGGCGCUCAUCUGUGCCAGGUGUUUGGCCAGGAGCCAAGAGAUGCUUUGGCCCAGGCGAGGGUGGGUGUGGUGGAGGCCUGGCAGCAGAAGUACCGCAGCGCAGCUCGCAGGCUUAGCAAACUGACUGAAAAAGAUUCAUCAAGUCUGGUCUUCCUGCUCACCCUGAUCCCAGUCAAUCAGCGAAAACGCAUGGCACAGGCUGCAGCAAAGGAGGCCAGCAGUGUGUCAUCAGGUGGCCAGUGGGAACAGGCCCUCACACUUCUGAAUGUGGCAGUAAAAGCUGUGGGAAAUCACAGACUCCAGUAUCUUCGCCAGCGGGCUGCCUGCCUCGCUCAGCUGGGCCUACACGAGCGAGCCAUAGUUGACCUGGACAGAGUUAUCCAGAAACACAAUGGACCUGACUCCAGCUGCUCGGAUGAUUCUCAAGUCUGGGCAGAGGACCUGUGUCGACGAGGUUGCAGCCUGGUGCUCUGUUCCAGAGAAAGAGCAGCUUUGGAGGACUUCAGUCGGGCCUUGGAGCUCCACCGGAACCAGGCCAUGCAGUGUGUGGAGGCUGGUCUGGGGAGGGUGCGUCUGGCUGAGUGCUUCCUGCGGGGGGCGCUGCAGCACUAUGGGGAGCAGCAGCUCAAUAGAGCCUGGAAAAUGAUUGAGUGUGGCCUCAUUGUGGACAAUGAGAACACAGAGCUCCGCAGACUGAGGUCAAAGGUCAAACGAGAAGUGGCCAGUCCCUGCAAUGUCAACUAGUGUUGGUAGUGAGAAGUGAGGAGCUUCAGCUGAGCUCACUCAA